CAGCAAGAGCAGCAGAAGAUGCCAUUUUCAUUCAACAUACUGAAAGGAUUCUCUACAUUGCACGUGGAUUAUAAAACAUUCACCGGGCAAUUAAGCGUUUUUCCCAGUUUCAUUUCUUUCAGUCUCUUGUAUUUAGAAUUGAAYAUAAUUAUUUCGUUAUUUGGGAAGCACAUUAAUUGUACAUUUUAUUCGUAUUUCUCAUAGAUUUGACAUCAGGAAUGAGUAUAGAAAUUCCUGAAGGAUUGACGGAGCUGUUGCAGAGCUUUACCGUGGAAGUGUUACGGAAUCAGCCGGGAGAUUUGCUCGAAUUCGCGUUGCAGUAUUUCACCCAACUGAAGGACAGUGAGACUACCGGGGCCGCGUUCGGCAAUGACCAACAUUCGGCCACGCGACCCAGUGGGAAAGCGGUCAAUUUCAUCGACGAAGCCAUGCAGAUCGAUUCUGAAAAUGGAGAGGAAGAGGAGAGUGACGACGAGGAAUUCAUUGCUCCAGUGAUGAGUCGAUUCAUUAGAAGAGCAUCAGUUUGUGCUGAGGCGUUCAACCCUGAUGAAGACGAGGAAGACAAAGAACAGAGGGUCACCCAUCCUAAAACAGACGAACAGAGACAGAGACUACAGGAGGCUUGCAGAGACAUCCUGCUGUUCAAAAACCUGGACCCGGAACAAUUUUCCCAAGUACUGGACGCCAUGUUUGAGAAGUUCCUUGAGGUAGGAGAACAYAUCAUAGAUGAAGAUGCCGAUGGCGACAACUUCUACGUCAUUGAAAGAGGGACCUUUGACAUCUAUAUGAGGGUUGAUGGUGUAGAGAAGACCGUGGGAGCCUAUGAUAACAGGGGAAGCUUUGGGGAGCUGGCCCUGAUGUACAACACCCCCAGGGCUGCUACCAUCAUCUCCACCUCGCCCGGAGCCCUCUGGUGCCUGGAUCGUCUGACAUUCAGGAGGAUCAUAGUGAAGAACAACGCGUGUGAGAGGAGACUGUACGAGGAGUUGAUUGAAUCACUUCCACUGUUAACAUCAUUAGAGCUUUCAGAGAGAAUGAAGGUGGUGGAUGUGUUGUCUUCUAGAGYCUUCUGCGAUGGAGAACAGAUYAUCUCUCAGGGUGACCUAGCAGAUUGUUUUUAUAUAGUUGAAUCUGGGCAAGUUAGAAUCACCAUGAAGAGAACCAGGACGAAAAAGGACCAAGAGGAUGUGGAUAUAGCUACAUGCUCCAGGGGGCAGUACUUUGGAGAACUGGCCCUCGUCACCAACAAACCCAGAGCUGCUUCAGCUUACGCUGUGGGAAGUGUCAAGUGUUUAGUUAUGGACGUGCAGGCGUUUGAGAGGUUGCUGGGCCCCUGCAUGGACAUCAUGAAGAGAAACAUUGCAAAUUACGAAGAGCAGCUGGUUACUCUGUUUGAAUGUAGCACCACUGACAUUGAGGAGAUUAACCCAUGAAAAGCAGAAGGGUAAAAAGACAGUGAGAUUGACGAUGUGAUAAAUUGGUUGGUGGGAAGUGGAAAAAGUAUUGUCACUUCAUGUGUAACUUUUCCAUAUCUACCUUUUGUAAAGUAUUGUUUUCUUUCAGAAACAGGAAGCACAGUACGUUAGAUAGGUAGUAAGAAACAUACAGGAUCGAUUCCAGAUAACCUACAAUGGUUUUUGAAGGAUCGUUUACAUGGGAGUAAUAUUUUUAUUGAAGCAAAAAUAUCUGUGUUAUUCCAAAACGUAAAUGUUCAUAAGUUCUKUCCUCACAACUUUCCUUUUUGGAUUUUUUAUUUUAUUUUAUUUUUUACAAAUGUACAUUUUAUUAUAUUUAUCAAAGACAUUUUAAGUCACUUGUUUGUAUAUUAUUGAUCACUAUUAUGUUAUGUAAAAUAUAAAUUGGCCUUUUCAGAUUCUCUGAUAAUGUCAUGUUUCUUCAAAAAUCUUGUGCCAAAGGUCAUUACAUCCUUACUAGAUUAUGAGUGUGUAAACAAAUCGCGAUCAUCCAUACCUUGCACAUUAAAGUGUUCAUAAUUUGAUAUUUUCAUGUUGACAUCAUUUUCAGUAAAGAUGUUGGUUCAUACUGUACACUGUAGGCUAGGGGAUACCCAGGGGAACUAUGUCCUUUCUGGCUUCAACAACAAUGUUAAACAGUUGUACCAACAAAUAGUGCCAUAAAAUUCAAGGGACGAAUUGAACAAUGUGAUUUUCUAUCGUUGCACUCUGGUAUGGCCGACGUGGUGUUUACAGAGUUAAGAAUCUUAUUACUGACAUACAGGACCAGUCAAAAGGUUGAACACACCGACUCAUUCCAGGGUUUUUCUUUCUUUUUGACUAUUUUCUACGUA